UCAAGACCAAUGAUUUUGACUCAGUAACUAGAUGGGCCGAGCUCUUUUUGUCUUAAUUGGGACAAUAGUCCUGAAAAUGUUUUCAGUAUGAACAGUUUUAAGUUCCUUUAGCUAUUGCAAUUACUUCAUGCGUAUAUAAAUUAUGUUUUGGGGAAAAGAAAGGGUGCUCAUAACUCAGAUGUUGGUAUUUUGAUGUCAUCAGGAAUUUAGAUCUCUCCAUAUAUAGGGAAUUGGUUUCUCAUGAAAAACUUGGAGAAACCUUUGGUAGUGAAUGGAAUAAGUUAAGACGUUUUAUGCCACGUUGCAAGUUGUGUAAAUUUGGAUUUGAUCACAGAAACUUUAUGAAUGUCUUUUUUAUUGCAAGAGCGGAAAAUUGGUGUUUUUCAGUUUUUCACUUCUCUUCAUUCCUGUUUAGAUAUUUGGGUAAUGUCGAUUGCUUUCUCUCUCACUUCCUUAUGGAUUUGUUAGUGAAACUGAAUUUAUGAUUUACCAUCACUGAACCUUUGAUAUCACAUUCAAGCUUUGUGCCACUUACUCUAAUUUCCUUAGAUUAUGGGUUAAGUCGUGUUAUUAUUAUAAUUCUUCAAUACAAUACUGAUUACCUUUAAUGUAGUUUGACUGUGUAGUCUUUUGAAUUACAAAGUCAGAAUGUCUUUUUUUUUCCCUUUCAUAUUUUGCAUUUUGAAUCCCAGGUUCUGUUGGGAAAUAAAAAAAUGGCAAAAGGAAGCAGGGGACAGCGUAGGAAUGCUUCGCAAAGGUAUAGAUCUAUCCCAUACCUGCUGCCUACUUGCAAGAAGAAUAUUUGUGAGGAUAUGUGCCCAAAGAAAUGCUCUGAAGCCUUGGAUAAGAGGGAGUGGAAAGAUGUCACAUGUUCUGUGUGCAUGGAGUACCCUCACAAUGCUGUUCUUCUCCUUUGUUCUUCACAUGACAAAGGUUGCCGUCCCUAUAUGUGUGGGACUAGCUUUCGUCAUUCCAACUGCCUCGAUCAGUACAAAAAAGCAUACACUAACAUUAUAUCAACAAAUAAUCAAGGUGCAUUACAAGAUUCAAACUCCCUUGCCGGGGAGAAAGAAGUCUUAAAGCUUGCAUGCCCACUAUGCAGGGGACAGGUGAAAGGUUGGACUGUUGUUGAACCUGCUCGGGACUAUUUGAAUGCAAAGAAAAGAAGUUGCAUGCAAGAUAAUUGCUUGUUUUCUGGGAAUUACAAAGAGUUGAGGAAGCAUGUGAGGGCGGAGCAUCCCUUGGCACGUCCCCGUGCGGUUGAUCCCGCUCAUGAGCAGAAAUGGAGAUGGCUUGAGUGGGAGCGUGAACGUGACGAUGUGAUCAGUACAGUAACAUCAACCAUGCCUGGGGCAAUGGUUUUGGGAGACUAUGUCAUAGAAGGACGCCAAAACAACAUUGAUACAGAUGAAGAUGAAGAGGAUGCUUCUGUUGAUGUAGAUGGUGCUGAUAGAAAUGGUAGAGUUCAGAUGAGCAUAGAAGCCAUGAAUUUAUUCCUCCGGCUACAUUCAGCUCGGCAAGGGAAUAGGAACCUUGACAACUUAAAUCUACAGUUUAGACCGGGAUCAAGUCAGAAUGGGGCACAGCAUUCCACUUCUAUUGGUGGGAUGGAAUUUGCCAAUGAAGAUGCUAGAAAUAGUGAAGUUAAUCAUCAUGAUGAAUCCCUGGUUAACCACCUCCAUCACCAUGGCACUGGCAGAGUUCUACUCCAUCGCUCAGGCCGGAGACAUAGACAGAGAGAAGGACAUGCAGCUCAGGGUAGCUGAAGAUGAUGCUGGAAGCAGGAUAUUGGAAAAGGAGAAGUUUGGUAGGCAUAUAUAUGAGUUGAAUCUUUAGCAUCAUAAAUUGGGUAGUUUCCAGAUCCAAAAGAAAAUCUAGGUAGUUUUAAUAACAAUUGCAGGUAUUCUUUGCAAGGAUCUUAGAAAUCAGAAAUUGGGCAUUUAUGUUACGGUGUAAUUUAUUUUACUUGUACAUUCCUACAUUCUUUCUAUUAUACACAUUUCAUUGUGAAAUUUACUCGUGUAAAGGUUUGAUUGAGGUCUUUGAUCUCAAACUAAUAUUCAUGCAAACGAUUGUUAACAA